GGAGAGAGGGGGAGAUAAAGUGAGAUAAAGUGAGAGAGAGAUCCUGGCCUGCGUGUGGGUGUCGGCGUGAACUGCUCCAAUCAGAAGCAUCAUGGCAAGUUAUCCUGCUGCUGUUAUCCUUAUCACACUGUCACUGCACUGAUGAGACCCUGAUACUGGUGCAGUUAAAACUUUAUUGACAGAAUCCUUCCAACCGUCGUUGUGCAUAUCAAACAUUAAUUCAGGUGUGCCAGCUGCAGUAGUGUAUUUACCUCAGCAAAUUUACAUUCCAUAAAACAGGAGACAUUUUGAGUUUAUUAAGUCUUUAGUUGCCACAGGUUUAACUGCUCUAGCAGAAGCUACUUAACCGUCCUUCAGAUAUGAGAGUGACACAGUGAUUUUAAGUGUUGGAGCAGCAAAUCAUUUUGGGACAUGGAGCUGUGGAAUAUGACUGACGAACCAGCGAAGCCAUUCUCACCUCUGUCUAACUGCACUGUGGACACCAGCUACCGCUUUACUUUUUAUCAAGUGUCUUACAGUGUCAUCUUCCUGCUGGGUUUGGCCACCAAUGGCCUGGCUCUGCACAGACUGUGUCGGUUUCCUUACACUGUUAACAGUACAGCCAUCUACAUGGUCAGCCUGUCAGCUGCUGACUUGUUUUUUGUGAUCUCCCUUCCUCUGAGAAUCUACUACUACAACCAAAAGGCUCAAGCCUUGUCCUCCAACACAGGAGAGCCGUCCAGUUGGACUCCUGGGGUGGCUUACUGCCACCUCACUUUCACACUCAAAUACAUCAGCCUGUAUGGGGGCAUCUUCUUCCUGGUGUGCAUCGCUGUGGACCGUUAUUUUGCUGUUGUGCACCCACUGGCAUCAACGCUCCGCAGGCUGCGUGUUGCACAGCUGGUAAGUGGGGUGAUCUGGUUCCUGGUGUUGGGGCUGAGUGUGGGUCUGCCUCUGCUGCGCUCUGCAGCCGCUCGCCAACACCAGCCCUGUCUGUUGGACCCGUCCUUGCAACGCCAUCGAACCAUCAUACUGGCAACCCUGGGCUUAGUGCUGGGGUCAUUUCUGUUGCCCACUGUGCUACUUCUCUACAGUUACUGCAGAGUGCUGAGUGUGCUUCGCCAGCCUAGACAUCGCUCUCGCAGCCAGCUCCGCAGCCGCCAGCACACUCUCACAGUCAUUUACUGGGUGCUGGGCAUCUUCCUAUUGUGCUUCCUCCCUUAUCACAUCAACCUGCUGGGAUACACCCUCACACAUGUGGGACUGCUGCCCCAUUGUGGCCUAGCCAAGAUGACCAAGGCUGUACACCCCGUGGUGCUGUCACUCGCCAGCUCCAAUUGCUGCCUGAACCCACUCCUUUACUAUUUCUCCAGCAGCCUGGUGCACAGGGAGGCACCUGGUGGUGGAGGCAGUGGCAGCCAGUGACACAAAUCAUCCCCUACAACUACGGAAAACAAUCCGUUUU